AUGAUCGAAAUACCUGACUUGAACGAUCUAUAUAUAAAGUCACAACCAGAUAAAUCAUUUAAUCAAUUUCAUAAUAACAAUAAUUUAAGUAAUGGAAUAUAUAAUAAUACUGUUAUCACAUCCAAUAAUUCCUCAUCAGAUUUAUUAUCAAACUCAAUAGACAUACAUAAAUUAUCAGAUCCAAAUAUAUCGAUUGAUCAUGAACCAGAAAUGCAAGACGUAAACCAUUCAGGUUUAUCAUUUGAUGCAGAAAAUGAUAUAGCUCCGCAACAUAUUGACUAUACUGUUGGUUUGUCUUUCCUACCAAAUGAUUUAAAAGAACAUAAGACAACUUUUAAACUACAAGAUCCACCUCAACAACUACAAAACCAACGACUAAAUCAACAACCAGACCAACAACAAAAUCAUCAAAUCUAUCCACAAUUGCCACCACAGGAUUAUCAACAACAGAAUGGGGAUCUGCAAACUCAACAACAAAUCAAGACCAAAUUAUCUUUGAACCAACUGCUUGCAUCACCAAUGUCAAUACUUCCAAAUUAUGAUCAUACAGAACCUUCGCCUCAAUUACCACCUCCAUUAUCAUCUUUAUCAUUACAAAACGUACUAGCAAUUGAUCAUACUGGAAUUUCCAGAAAAAAUCUAGCGACUGAUUUCAAAACACCUGCGGAAUAUACAUUGCAUAUAAUCUUUACACAAUUUGUACGUCAUGCUGAAAGGAAAUUGAAUAUUUUUUUAAAUUAUCCUAACAACAAUGAAUCAGCAUUGUUUAAAAUUUUUGCAGAAGGAGCUGAUCCACAAUUUGAUAAGAUUGUUGCUUCUUUAGGAUACAUUGCUAGAAGAAAACCAAAACCAGUGAUUGAUAGUGUAAUGUUUUGGAGAAAAUCUAAAAGUGAAGUUGCUACAAUGGCAGCUAUGGAAGUGGAUAAAGCUUUACAAUUUGCAAAGUCAAAUAAUAUUGCAACUUCAAAUGAUCAUGCUAACGGAGCAUCACCGGCUCAAUCUGCAACAUCAGCAAAACGAAGUCUAAGUUUAAUGAGAAGUAAAAGUUUAUCUAAAAUGGCUCACAGACGAAAUCAAUCAAGUGCAUCUGCAGCUUCAUCCAUUGAAACUACCAAUGAAUUUAAAAGGAAACAAUUACUAGAAAUUCAGGUUUCGAAUGCUAAACAAACAGCUGUCAACGCAGAAAAAAAAUCAUUAGUGUCAAUAUACAUUCUAUGUCGAGUUUUAAUAGAAGUUGUUAAGCAAACAUCAUCUGAGGUAAUGGGUGAAGAUCUAGGUGACAAAUUGGAAGAAAUUGUUUAUACUCAAUUAAAGACAACUGACCCUGCUAGCACAAGCCAGUCAAUCAUUCGUGCAGCUAAUUGGAAUUUGUUUGCCCAAUUACUAGGAAUUAUGUCUGAAAAGAGGUUUUUGAGUGUAAGCGAUAGAUUUAUUUUUGAUUUAGAAAAAUUACCUCAAAACAUUAAACAAGAGGAUGAACCGAAGCUAUAUCUAUUAAUAUCAGGGAUGCAAUAUUUAAAACUAAAUCAUUAUCCGCCAGAGUUAUUUGAAGACAGUAAAGAGUUCAUCCAAAUCUUGGCAAAAUUUUUCGAGAGGACAACAAAUGAAUCGAUCCUUUAUGCAUAUUGUGAUUCGAUUGCCAACUUAAUAUUACCAUUAGCUAAUAAUUUGACAGCAGAAGCAAAUGAUCCAGGCUGGAAUGAAGGUAUAGAAAAGAUCUACAACAAAGCGAUGUCAGUUCCCUAUCCUGGUUGGGCACAUUUAUUAAACGUGAUAACUGCUACAUUAUCGGUUUCUCGAAAAGAUUUAUUUUCGUCUGUAUGGUUUUCAAUCAUUGAAUCGAAUUCAUUCAAAUUGAAACCUAAGGUGGAUGUACAAGACAAAACAGUCUAUAUUUUAUGCAUUACUCGAUUAUUAUGGGUCUAUUUCAACAGAAUUCCAGAUUCUUUAAAUUUAACAGUUAAAAGAUUAGAUGAUCUUUUCAAUUUGAUUUUUUUCAAUUUACCAAAAAAGGGUCAAUGGUUAACUGCUGAUCCUCAAUUAAUUCAUGCACUCACCAAGAUGAUACAAAUUAUUGGAUUCAACCAUUUGAACUACACGUUAGAACAUUUGUUAACGAAGUUGAUGAGACAAGGAUUUAAUGGUAGUCUAGAUACUUUACAACCAGAAAAGAUGAUCCUAGUAGUAAGAUCAUACUUAGCUUUACUAUCAGAAUUUGAAAAAGAAGAAAAACCAAAAUUCCCUUAUGUGGAUAUUUUUGAUCAAAAUAUGAAUGAAGAGGAAAUUGGUGAUUUUCAAUAUGUCGCUAAAAAUAGUACCAAUAUUACCUUACAUGAAGAAUUAAGUAAAAAUUUCGGACUAUUACUAAAGCUAUUAGAUGCACAAUACGGUUCUACAAUGAUUGAAAGCAAGUCCUCCUCAUCAGGUUCAGCAAAAUCACAAUCAUCUUUUGGUUUUCAUUUUGGCUCGGAUACAACAUCAUCGAAAGCAUUACAUUUAGAAUUAUUUGCUGACUUAAUAAACUCCAUACCAUUCACAAUAGCUUUUAACGAGUCUCAAGGUGGAUUCAAACAAAUUGUCGAAUUGCUUGCUAAAAAUGCCAUUCACGAAAAUGAGUUGAUCCAAAACGCUUGUAUGAAUGCAUUGAAAAGAUUAUCGAAAAAGAAAAAUCCCACAACAUUAUUAACCAUUUUUGCAAAAUUUGCAUUUCAAUUGUCUGAGAAAACGAGCUCCACUUAUGAUUCCACUUAUUUGAACUCACCAAGUUUUAUAAAAUUACUUAAAUUAUAUACUGAUUUGCUUGAGACUUGGUAUGAACUGUUUCAACUUGAAAAACCAGAUGUAUCUAAUCCAUUGGCUCAAGAUGAUGAAUUAAUGAAUAAAGAUGUUUUGAAUGAGUUAUAUCAAAUAAAUCAUAAAAACCAAGAUUUAUCGAAUUUGGUCACAAGAUCAAAACCCAGUGAUGAAUUAGAGUGGAAAACAAUAAUAAACCUGGUGGAGGAAGUUGAGGGUAACGGUUUAUUUUUCAUUUGUUCUCAGGAUUCUCAAGUCAGAACGUGUGGUGUUAACAUACUACGUAUAGUUGAUAAAUUUGAUCAAGCUAUUUAUAAUUUAACUAACGACGACACCAUUAAUGAAAAUCCAUCACCAAAAAAGCAUUCGAGAAGUUCUUCCAAAUUUGCUGCAGAUGUAGGUACAAGAAUUAUACAUGUUCUUGAAGGAAUAGACUUUCAUGACUUAAUCAAACCGUAUAAGAAAGAAGUAAGCUUACCUGAACGUCAAAGGUUGACUAAAAUAAAAAAUGAUAAAAAAAUUUUAAUCAAACUCAUUGAAUCUGAUCAUGGAAUUGAUUCGACCAUUUGGUUUAGAUUAUACCCGAAAAUAUUAGAGAUUUUGUUUGAAAAGUGUCCUAUGCCUGUUGCUAUGUGCAGAAAUAUUGUAUGUGUAAGUCUAGUUCAAAUGUAUGAACUAAUUUUGGAGUACUCGGAUAGUCACAAACUUAAUACUUCGUCAAUAUUUGCAUCAAAAUCUUCAUUCAAUGUUGCACCAGAAGUGUUGGUAAAUCAAUGGAGAUUGUAUCUUAUAUUUGCAUGCACAUCAUUAACUGCCACGAAUGAACAAAAAAUAUCUUUCCCUUCACAACCUACUCAUGGUAGAAAAAAAUCAUUACAAAUGUUCAUUCAACAUCAGAAAAUUACAAGUGCAAAAUCUAUUUUUAGAAUGGUUCUACCUUUACUAAAAUCUCAACAAUUAAUGGUAAGAGAAGCAGUAAUAGUUGGAUUGAGUCAAAUAAACAUCAAUAUUUUCAAAACCUUUUUAGAGAAUAUACCAUCAGCGAUCAAUGAAUGGAAUACCGACAUAAGAAAAAGAGAUUUCGCAGAAGAUAGAUUUAGGAUUGAAAUUGUUCAUAUAUUAAUGAAUUUGACAGGUAAAUUCAAAUCCAAUGAAAUGAUUUAUGAUGAUGAUACAAUUAUAGCAAAUCUAGUAUCAGUGGUGAAAAAUGUCAAGACAUUUUUAACUAUCAGUUCUGUGCAAAUAGAUAUAGACUUUCAAAGAUUGAGAAGAUAUUUUUGUGUCUUUUUAGAAAAUGUAUUUUUAGGCCUUAGAGAUAAAACCUUAUUGGACAAAUGGUUACCAUUCGAAGCAAGAAUAUCAUGUUUCAAUUAUUUGAAAGAAUGGUGUGGCUAUGGUGAUUCUGCUGGAGUUUCAGAAGAGCGUUACGCGAUUAUAACAAAAAACAUAAAUCAACAACAAAAAGACUCGGCAUCAGCGAUAGCAUUAUUGGAAUUUGAAAAGAAGAAAUUACAAAAUUCAGCAUUAAGUUGUAUGGCUAUAUUAUGUUCUGGAGAAAUCAAACAAAACAUUGAAGAUUUGGUGGUUGUUUCAUUUGACGUCCCUGUUUUAUUGAAUUGGAUUCAAUCAUUAUUGGAAUCAGAUAAUGAUAAAGUGAAUGAAAUUGGGAAAUAUGCUUUAAGAAAUUUAUUGACAAACAAUUUCGACAACACAGAUAUUCAAUCAUCCACCAUAAGACAAUGCUGUACAUCCAAAAAAUCCAUGCCGAUCUACUUUUGUACAUAUGUGGAUGUAUUAGUGAAAAAGCCUAAAGUUGAAAAAAAAUUAUUAGACGAAUUGGUUGUUUUAGGAUGUUUAUUAUGUGGUAAUCAAAAUUUCGAUGUCAGACAAUCUGCUAUUACUUUAUUGAGCAGUUUAUUUGUUGAAGGUGAUCUUGAAGACUUUGUGGAAGACAUAUGCGGAGAAAGUUUGACAAUGAGAAGAAAAGCAUUGGCUAAAUUAUCAGAAUCCCUAAACUCUGAUGCUGAAACCUCGCAUAUCAGAUUAUCAAUUUUGUUCAAUUUUUUCAAUUUUGUUGAUGAAAAUUCUAGAAAAACAUUGUCCAUCAUUAUGGUUACUAUUUUAAAAAACAUAGCUUUGAAAUACAAGGAACCAAAUCAAUUAGAGGCAACAUCAAAUAUGAUUUUAAAUAACUUAUUUGAGAUAUCGAUAAAAUAUGAGACGAAUAGCUCCACAGAAUUGGAAGCCAUGUGGAUUGCACUUGGAACAAAAGAAAAUUUUGAUAUCAUUGUUGACUAUAUUUUAAAAACUUGUUUAGAUAGUAGAAAUACAUUGUUUGUUUCCAAAUCAAGACAAGUUAUAGAUUAUUUAGCAUUUUCACAUCCUGAGAAAUUGUACGUCGUUGAAAAAUUAAUCAAAAAUUUACAACCUAAAAUGAUGAUUCCUCCACAACCACAAUCCAUUAAACUUAAUUUAACUAAAAGUUUUCCAUAUGUGGCAGAUUUAACUACGUUACAUUGUGAGAAGGAUGCAGCAUUUUCGAUGGGACAAAUAUCAAUGAUAUUUCUAGUUGAUUUGAUCAAUAGCAAGAAUGAUUUCAUACUACAAAAAUUGCCCUUAUUAUUACAUAUUGCAUUGACAUUAUUGGAUCAUUAUUUAGUAAUUGUUAGAGAGCAAGCUAGUAGAUUAUUGAUACAUUUAAUCCAUUCAUUAGCAAUAAGUGAACCCAAAGCUAAAGAAAUUAUAAGUUUAUUGCGUGAUAAAACAGGUGAAUCCCUUUGGGUGUAUGAUGAUUUAAAUAACGAUAAGAAAGGUGCUAGAACUCCAAACAAAAUGAUUAUGUUGGUCAGAAACAUACUUCAUAUAUUCAACAAUAUCGCUCCAACUUUACAAGAUGACUGGAGUAGAAUCGCAUUAACUUGGGGUACAACAUGCGCGGUCAGACACAGUGCUUGUAGAUCAUUUCAAAUCUUUAGAGUUCUUAUAUCAUUUUUGGAUUUAAAUAUUUUGAAAGCAAUGUUUCAUAGGUUAUCAAACACUAUUUCUGAUGAAACUGCAGAUAUUCAAGGAUUUGCAAUGCAAAUUUUAAUGACUUUGAAUGCUAUUGCUGCUGAAUUAGAUUCUCAAAAAUUAAUUGAUUAUCCACAAUUAUUUUGGUCCAGUGUCGCUUGUUUGAGUACAAUUCAUGAACAAGAAUUUAUUGAAGUCUUAUCAACGAUGAAUAAAUUUAUUCUGAAAAUUGAUUUGAAUGCUCAGGAUACUAUUAAUUGUUUAAUAUCAACAUUUCCACCAAAAUGGGAAGGUAAAUUUGAAGGAUUACAACAAAUUGUUACAGUUGGAUUGAGAUCAUCUACUUCAUGGGAACCAACAUUAAAUUUUAUUGAUACUUUAUUGAGAUUAAAAGACUCUCAAAUUGUUGGAACUGGUGAUUCCAGAAUCAUCAUAGCUUUAAUUGCGAACAUGCCUAGAUUUUUGGAUGCUUUAGAAAAUAAUACAAUUACACCGGAAAUUGAAACCACUGCUGUUGGUAUUAGUAAACUAGCUGAAGCUUCUAAUAAACCAGCUUUGGCUAAAAUUUUAGUCUCAUUAUCCAAAAAUAAAUUCAGAUCCAAAAAAGACUUUUUAAUUCAAACUGUUACAACAAUUCAAUCAUUAUUUUUUCCCGAAUAUGAAGUAAUGGUUUUAAUCUCAUUAUUGAAAAUGCUAUCAAAUACCACUGAAUUUUUCAGAAAGCAAGUGUUGGUGUUUUUAAAGGCUAUAAUUCCUCAUAUCGACUUCAGGAAAGAAGAAUUUAUUGGUUUGGGAGCUGACUUAAUUUCACCGUUAUUGCGUUUACUAUUAACGAAUUUUGCUGAUUCUGCAUUGGAGGUAUUAGAUGAGGCUGAUAUCAUUUCUGGUUCUCAAUUAGAUAAAGAUAUUUUAAGAAUGAGUCUUGGUAAUACUGCUGUCAAAAAGGAAUAUGAGAAUACUGCUACAUUGUUUGGAAUACCGGAAGAAAGUGGUUGGUCUAUUCCCAUGCCAGCAGUAACAUCUGCAAGCACGAGGAAUAAUGUUCAUGCAGUAUUUUCAACUUGUAUACCAGUUGUUGAUGAAGAACAAGAUAAGGAACAACAAGAUGAUCAUGAUGAAGAAAUUCAAUUCCACAUGGAAGAUUAUUAUAGUCCAAAUGCACCACAAGAUACACAAGACACAAUAUCAAUGAGUGUGGAGGAACCAGAAGUAUUAUUAAGUAAUAUGUGGGCAGCCCUAGACGACUUUGAUAGUUUUUUUACUACUACGGAGAAGGCUAAGAAAAGAAAUACUGCAAUACAUUCAGCAUCUGAAUUGAGACAUAGCAAAGUACCAUCGUAUUCGCAAACUCCCAUUGAAAGUGCUCCAAAUACUUACGACAAGAAAGUUUCAGCUAUUUUAAAUAAAACUUUAACAUCAACACCAUCAUUUAGGAACAACUUGUUGGAAUAUAUAGGAGAGAACGAACCAUCGCCUGCUGUUUCCACUAGAAGAUCAUAUAUACCAUUCAGAAGUAAAACUUUGAAACCAAGAGAUAUAUCAACACCAAUGACAGUUAAUUCAGUGGGUUUUGAAAAUCAAAAGACUCCUCAUCAAACACCAUCCACAAUAUCAAUGCCAACAUCUUUCAAGACUCCGUUGAUUUCAAAUAAACCAUCUUUUUCAAACGUUAUAGGUGACGCGACAAAUACAAAUUCAACAGCUACACCAACAGUUGCUCCUGAUAAUGGAAUUCGUCUUGUAUCAAAGAAGAGAUCAAAAAAGAAGUAA